GAUUCUCCCUUUUGAUCGGUCUAAGCGCCGUUUCUCUAUGGUCUGCAGAGAUCAUAGUUUCGCGUCAAGGCGAGAGUGGCUGCGACGCGCGGAAGUUAAUCAUGGCGGCGGUCGAUAUAAGAGAUAAUCUUCUGGGAAUUUCCUGGGUUGAUAGUUCAUGGAUUCCAAUAUUAAACAGUGGGUGUGUAUUGGACUAUUUCUCAGAGCGCAGUAAUCCAUUCUAUGAUCGAACAUGCAACAAUGAAAUGGUUAAAAUGCAAAGGCUAACCUUGGACCACUUGAAUCAAAUGGUUGGAGUAGAAUAUAUUCUUCUCCAUGCACAAGAGCCAAUCCUCUUUAUCAUCCGUAAGCAGCAAAGACAGAACCCAACCCAAGUUAUUCCAUUGGCUGAUUAUUACAUUAUUGCUGGAGUAAUUUAUCAGGCACCUGACUUGGGGUCAGUUGUAAACUCAAGAGUGCUCACAGCAGUACAUGGAAUCCAGUCAGCUUUUGAGGAAGCUAUGUCUUAUUGUCGCUAUCACCCUUCCAAAGGCUAUUGGUGGCAUUUCAAAGAUCAAGAGGAACGAGAUAAAGCCAAACCAAAAACAAAGAAGAAGGAGGAACCAAGCUCUAUUUUCCAGAGGCAACGUGUGGAUGCAUUACUUCUAGAUCUGAGGAAAAAGUUUCCCCCUAAGUUUGUUCAGGUAACAGUCAAAUAGUAAACUACU